GACCUUGUGAACAAAAAAAAGUAAGGUGAAAGGAGGUUAAAAAUAAUGUACGCGGUAAUUUUUGUGUGUCUCGCAGGUAUCCUCGCUCACGUCCAUGGAGAUGCAGACAGACAACUCGAAGGCAAAGUCGCCGUCGUGACCGGCGGAGCUAAGGGCAUUGGCUAUACAAUAGUAGAGAAUUUCCUAAAGAACGGAGUCAAAACCGUCAUAAUCGUCGACAAAAACCGAGCGCGAGGGCUGAAGGCGGAGGAACAACUCAACUGUAAACACGGUGGCAACAGAACAGUGUUCAUUUAUGGCGACAUCACUAAAGAUUUAGACAGAGUGUCAGAACAAAUCUUUCAGUGUUACGGGUGCGUCGACAUCUUGGUGAACAACGCUGGGAUACUGAACGAGUAUGAACCAAAGAAGACGAUUGAGACUAAUGUUAUGGGUACCGUACUAUGGGCAGAAAGAUUCUACAAUUGCAUGAGAAAGGACUGGGGAGGAAAAGGAGGAACCAUUAUCAAUAUAGCAUCUAUUACUGGUUACAUGAGUGAUCCGUUCAUGUACUUUUAUAGAGCAUCAAAGUUUGCUAUCAUUGGCCUCACUUUGGGCAUGGGGCAUGAAUACAAUUAUUUGUCCAGUGGAGUGAGAAUGUUUGCAAUAUGUCCAGGAUUUACACGCACGGAUAUGACACUGAGUCAACAACUGACUUUGGAUGAGCAUGUAGAGGUUUUCAGUAGAUUCAGCGAAGUCGCGCGUUGGCAAUCAGCUAACCACGUCGGAGAAGUUGCAGUUCUGUUGUUCAAGACUGCCAGUACUGGCACGGCGUAUACCGUAGUAGGCGGUGCACCUCCAGUAGUGUCUCCUGAUAGAGAAAACACCACAGUUGAUUUUAUCCUUAGCUUGUAGUUUCGUCAUAUUUUUCUUUAAAUAUUAAGUGUAUUAUAUGUCUUAUGUUAUUACAAUUAUAUGAAGGUAUCUAUAAUUAUGAAAACAAAUCUAUAAUUCCCUUAAACUUUAUGUUUAGAAAUCAUCACUUUUUACCAUUUUCUCAAAUUCCGUACUCUAAUAUUAAAAAUAUGAUUGUAUAAAUUUUUUUAAACCAAAUAAAACGUAAAACAAUAUUGUAUACAAUUAUUAACAUAACAACGAUUUAAAGCCUCGUACAGUUGUUUAAACAUUAAAUAGACGAUCUUGAAAGUUUGUUAUUAAGACUUUUAAAUAGCUAUGAAAAUACUUUAAGACACCCUAUUACUAAGUUCAAGGUGGGAUAUUGUGAAAUUAGUGCUGAUUAACUUAAAAACGAGAUUAAUAAUAAUAAUUAUCUCGGAACUCAGUAAAUUUGGAACGUCAUUCAUUUAUUUAGUUUCAUUUUUAAACUAAAAUGACUGGAAUAAUUAUGAGAUCCAAGUAAAUGAUAUUGUGAA